UAAAUUCAAAGUUGCGCCCCUUUCUUCUAAAUUCACCAUUUGUACAGUAAAAUGGAGGAUUUUGUUAAUAAUUUGUUGCAACUAAUAUGACAGUUCCGAUGGAAGUUGCCUUGUUCCAGUGGUAAAGUGGAGGAAUGAACAUGCUACACACUGAGUUGACAGUAGAAUCUAAAAUAUCCGAAGGGUUUUUUAGAAUGAAGUUAAGUUAGUGUCAGACUAGUAGAAUAAAAGGAAGAUGGAAAAUGUGUCAAACUUAUUUGAAAAUUGCACUAUACGUGGUUUGCCAAUAACAGCCCCAUUCAAGAUACACUAUGAUGUUGAAGGCAAGGACAGUGAGAUAGGGACAUUCAUAAUUCUUCCAUUCCAGGUAACUGUCAUGAAACCCAAUCUAAUUGAUUUUACGAAAACAUUUGAUCACAAAGUAGAUCUUGACAACAGUUAUUCAGACAACAUUCAUGACAGUUCUAAUGGUGACCGAAGUUAUAUUGAAGAUCCAGAUGAGGAAGGUUCUAAAAUAAUUAUUAAAGUUGAACCACAGGACCAUGAUAUUGCAGAUAAUAAUUUUGCAUCACAUUUUGAUGAAAGAGCAUCACAAGUUGAUUAUAGACAAAUAUUUGAUGCUCAGACUUUUGGUAAGAAAAAGAGAAUAGUGAAGAAUACACCUCGUGUUAGAUAUAAAAGAAAGAAAAGUAAAAACUUUGAAGACAAUGAAGAGCAUACAAAAACAAAGAUUAAAAGGAACAAAUUACAUGAGACAGACUUUGAACUUGAAGAAAUACAAAAACCAAAACUGGUCAAGUUAGAAGAGAGUGAUCAUGAUGAUAAUAUUGAAGGGUCACACAGGAAAAGUAAACGCCUUCAAUAUGCUGGAUUUAGACCUGACUACCAGAAUGUAGAAAACAAGGUUGAUAACGUUUUAAAGUAUCUAGAGGGUGACAACACAAAUUCAGAUGAUGAAGUUAAUGAAGUUCAAGAGGAUUCAGAUUAUGAGUCUGUAACAACAUCAGGAAAUAAUAACAGUGCAGAUAAUAGAGCUAAAACUGAGAAAAACAAAUUGUCUCGGAAACGAAAGAAAACUAAAGAUCCUGAUUUUGACCCUACUGACGUUUAUUCGGAUAAAGUUAUUAUAAAGAAAGAAAGUGUUCUAAUAGAAAAUGAGAUCAGUGACAUUGAUUAUGAAAGUGAUGUAGAUUAUUUGGAUGAAAACGACUCAAAAUUUAGUGAUGAGAAAAAAACAGAUAAAAAAGAAAAGCUUAGCAAAAGUGAGACACAGACAAAAAGGAUAUAUGUAAAGCUGGAAGAACACCCUGACAAGUAUAAGAUAGAGACAUUAGACCCUCUCAAAAGAGAAGACAGAGCAAAAUCAGAGCUGGAGAGGUAUGUUACAGUUUAUGUCUGUACAAUGUGCAACAAAUUUAAUAGUGAAAGUGUAGAAGGUAUUGAAGGGCAUUUAGAAAAUCACUUGAAUGGUGAACUGACCUGUACUGAGUGUGAUUUCUUUUCAACAAAUGUUGCUGAAGUUGUAAUGCAUAAAGCACAAAUGCAUACAAGACACCGGAAAGCAUGUCCAGAGUGUGGAGUAACUUUAGGCUAUGGUAGAUUGAAGCCUCACUAUGGUUUAGUUCAUGACAAUCCACAAUACGUUUGUGUAUAUUGUCAGAAAAAUGAAGGGAUAGUUGUAAAGUUUGCAACAUGUAGUCAUCUUCGAAAACACCUGAAAGCAGCACACAGGGAAGUUUGUCUUACAUGUAAGAUAUGCGACAAAGUGUUCAUAAAGGGAGAUCAUUUGAGAUACCAUUUAACUAAAUGUACUGGCAAGAAAGACACAAGUAGACAGUGUGAAAAAUGCGGAAAUAAAUUUGCAAGUGAACCAAAUCUUCUACGGCACAUGGAGAGAGUUCACUUAAAGGUGCGGAGAUACAUGUGUCCUGAAUGUCCAUUUGCUGCGAAGUCGCCAUCAGUGCUAAGAAAUCACAAAUAUGUUCAUCAAGGAGUACAUCCAUAUCAGUGUGACCAGUGUUCAUUCACAUGUGUCCAGGCCUACCAGCUAGUUUCCCAUAUGCGCACACAUACAGGAGAAAAACCAUACAAAUGUACACAAUGUAAAUAUGCUGCAGCCUGGAAUGUUCAACUAAAGGAACAUGUCAAAGUUCACAGUAUGUCGACAGCUGUCAUGUGUCCAAAUUGUGAAAUAUUGUUCAAAAACGACAAGACGCUUCAUAUUCACUUAAAAAAGCAAAAAUGUACCAUAAAUGAGGUGUUAUUAAUAUCAGCAUGCUGUGCUCUUGUUAACUCACCCGAGCUGGCUCAGGGUCAGCUUUUAGGAUCAUUGAAUGUCCUAGUCCUUCAUCCAUCCACAUUUAGUUUGUUAACACUCUAG